GGCUGGCUGCCAGGAGGGUGUGCUGGAAGACGGACAGCUCGUGGCUCCAGACGCCCACUCCCACAGAGAGCCCCAGGUUCUGACACAAUGAGGCAGCAUCUGGGUGGAUGGUGGCUGGCCAUUGUCUGUGUCCUACUCUUCAGCCAUUUCUCCACCGUCAAGGCGAGGGGCAUAAAGCACAGAAUCAAGUGGAACCGCAAGGCCCUGCCCAGCACCGCCCAUAUCACCGAGGCCCGGGUGGCCGAGAACCGCCCAGGAGCCUUCAUCAGACAAGGCCGAAAGCUGGACAUCGACUUCGGAGUCGAGGGCAACAGGUACUAUGAGGCCAACUACUGGCAGUUCCCAGAUGGGAUCCACUACGAUGGCUGCUCUGAAGUCAACGUGACCAAGGAGAUGUUCAUCACCAGCUGCAUCAACGCCACGCAGGCAGCCAACCAGGCCGAGUUUUCCAAGGAGAAACAGGACAACAAGCUUUAUCAGCGGGUCCUGUGGCGGCUGAUCAAGGAGCUCUGCUCCAUUAAGCACUGCGAUUUUUGGCUGGAAAGGGGAGCGGGACUUCGGGUCACCAUGCACCUGCCGGUGAUGCUGUGCCUGCUGGUCUUCGUUUGGUUCGUCGUGAAAUAAGCUUGCGGGGAAGUUGGCAGCCACUGUGAUGAGCUGGUGGGCAGACCUGUCAUCAUCCCAGUUGUUCUCCCUCCUCCCCAACCCGCAUGUGUUCUGAAGGUACCAACGGGCCGCGAGCCAUUGCACUUCACUAUCACUCCCAAGUACCCGCCCUGGCAUCUGUCCGUGUCAAUAGAUGUGUCUGUCUGUCUAUCCCUACAGGCUCCACUGGAGGGUGGGACCAUGGCUGGCCUAUCACUUCGUUUUCAGCUCCAAGCAGAGUGGCUGCACAGCAUGAGA